AUGCCUAGUGACACUGUAGUUAAUCCAAGAGAGUAUUGUAGUGCAAUCACCACUCGAAGUGGGAAGGUGAUUGAACCUCAAGAUAAGCCAACCAAGGUAGACAAAGAAGUGCUAAAGGAGGAAGAGACAAAAGAAGAGGAUACUAAGAAAGAAGAGACUCCUAAUUAUGAUGAUGUAACCUACUUUGGAGGAGCGAUUAAUCGUAAUAAGAAAACUACAAAGAAACUUCCAUCAGGAUUCAGUCAACCAGAUCCUUAUGCAAAAGCUCCAUACCCUCUUCUGCAAAAGCAUAAGCUUAGACGGAUGGAAACAAUAGCUUUAACUGAGGAGAGUAGUGUUGUGAUAAAAAAAGGGUUGCCAUCUAAAGUCAAAGACCCAGGGAGAUUCAGUAUCCCUGUUAUUGGGAAUGUCAAAGUUGGAAGAGCUCUUUGUGAUCUAGGAGCCAGCGUUAACUUCAUGCCUCUUUCUUUUGCACAAUCUUUAGGGAUUACAGAGUUGAAAUCUACCUUGAUGUCUCUCCAGUUUGCUGAUAGAUCCAUCAAAAGGUCGGAAGGAGUGCUAGAAGAUGUCCUUGUAAAGAUCGAUGUAAUAGAAGAAACAGUUUCAGAGAAGAUCCUUGAAGAAGCAAAUCCUCCCACUGUUGAAGAUCAGUUUGCAGACAUUUUGCACUCCUCAGAGCUACUGAAAGAUGAUCAACUAACUGAGGUAGUUAAAGCCAUCUAUUCAACUGAAGUUUCAAAUGCACAGAAAGAAAAGCUAGUUGAAUUGAUCAGGAAACCUAAAGGUCAAGUUUACUGA